CGCUCAGGUGUCUCUCGCACUACUCAUCAUCAUCAUCACCUGCCGAGCAACGGCGCUCGGAUCUCCGCACAGACGCGCCAUGUCUGCUGUAAACGGCGGCCCCGUGUCGCUCAGCUGCCGCCCAGGUGCCGCUGUGAUCGUGUCCUGUCCGGCUGUGGGGCGCAUCGACCUCUGCGCCACAGCGAACGUGACCAACGGCACGGCGGCCACGGCGGCUGCGGGAGACAGCCCCUACAACUUUUACAUCGGCCUGGCCCUCGCCGUGGCGUCCAGCAUCUUCAUAGGGGGCAGCUUCAUACUCAAGAAGCGCGGCCUCCUGCAGCUGCAGGCCAAGGGAGUCUCCCGAGCUGGUGAAGGCAGCCAUGCCUAUCUCAAAGAGUGGAUUUGGUGGGCAGGCCUCAUAUCAAUGGCGCUGGGCGAGGGGGCGAACUUUGCAGCCUACGCAUUUGCCCCGGCGGCGCUGGUGACCCCACUCGGAGCGCUCAGCGUCAUCAUCAGUUCGACGCUGUCCUCGUGCUUCCUGGGUGAGCGUCUCAAUCUCCUGGGGAAGGUGGGCUGUGCCCUCUGCCUCCUGGGCUCCACUAUCAUGGUCAUUCACGCCCCGGAGGCCCAGGAGGUGUCUUCGCUCUACGAGAUGGCUCGGCGUGUGCAGGAGCCAGGGUUUGUGGCGUUCGCCGUCGUGGCCGUAGCGGCAUCGCUGGUGCUCGUUGUGGUGUUUGUGCCGCGCUGGGGCGACUCAAACGUGCUGGUGUACGUGGGCAUCUGCUCGGUGGUGGGCGCCCUCACCGUGGCCUGCGUCAAGGGCCUGGGCAUCGCGGUGCGCGAGCUAGUGGCGGGCCGCUGGAGGACCGUGCUGACCGACCCCCUGGCGUACGUGCUGCUCUUCGGCAUGGUCGGCUGCCUCGUGGUGCAGCUCAACUACCUGAACCGCUCGCUCGACGUGUUCAGCACGGCGCUCGUCACGCCCGUCUACUACGUGUGCUUCACCAGCGCCGUGCUGCUCUGCUCGGCCGUGCUCUUCCACGAGUGGGAGGGCAUGAGUGGGCAUGACGCCGCGGGGUUGCUCGCCGGCUUCCUCACCGUCAUCGUCGCCAUCUUCAUCCUGCACGCCUUCCACCACCUGCCCGACGAGGCCACGCGCCUCGGGUCACUGCGCCAACCGUCCGGCGGCCCAGCCCGCACGGAGACCCCGCUCCCAACGCUAGACGGAAGCCUGGGCUUCGCGUAUGGGCAUCGUGACGACGACAGCCGCCGGGAGGAGAGGCCCGUGGAGCCGCCCUGCAUGGGAUAUGUAAAUGGUGGCGCGUCAAUUCCGUGCGACACUUACCAGCUGUUCGUCAGCCAGUCCGCCGGGGGGUUUCCGGAGACUCGGGCUGCCAGCUCCUACCCCAGCGCCAUCGACGACUGCUGGCCCAUCCUCAUGGAGUUCCACGACGUGGUUGGAACCACGCUGCCGCGGCCAGUGCCGAUAGGAUCGCUCAUGGGUUCACACGAAGGCCACGCCGAGCCCGACACCGUCGGCAUUCCUGUCACGCGAGUGGAAGUUCCGGCGCGGCUUGGCGAUCUGCUGGGCCAGCACGGGACCACGCGGGCCGUGCCAGCGAGGCCUCUGGCCGAACAGGCUGUGGCCUCGGUGGCGUGACGACUGGCGGUCCCCGCCAGGAACAGGGCGACGUGGUGCAUGUGACCGACGGCAGGCCGUGGAUUGGACGGGUUUAUCGAGUCGGGAGAUGGAGCAUUGAAGUCUGCUUUUGCACAGGUGCUGGGUGGAUUGUUGCACGGUGGGAUCAUGAGAGGUGGCGGCACCUUGGGGAGGUCUCAUCCAGUAGUGGAUUGAUCAUGGCUGACGAUAAUGAUGCUGAAGUCAGGAUUCCAAACAAGGUGCCUAAGAAAUGUUUAAAUCCUGUUCUUUUUUACUUAUUCUUGAAAGAGAAUAAUAAAGUUUAUCUCUACAAAUUAUGUUAUUCUUGUUGUGUGUAGCUGCUACCAGUAUAGUCACCAGUAUUGUGGUCAUCAUUUAGUGCUAAAUUGUACGGUGGUUCCACUUUAGAGUUAGUUUUCCAUUGAAAGCAACUCUUGUGCCUUGUGGACAGUAUGGGAGUUCAUUACAAUUGAUUCUAUGAGAAGGCAGCUUUUGCAUAGAGAUAUCUCAAAGUUGCAUGAGAAUCGACGAUGCCUCCUGGAGGCCGAAUGCUGCACGAGCUUCAGUCAUCGCCGGUUCAUCAACAGGACGGCAGCCCUGCCAAUGUGCCGCUGGUGAAGGCCCCUCUGCGAGGCACUAAAGUUUGACUCGAGGGAAAAAAAAUUAGGAUUAUUUUUUGUUUGUUAUUCAAGUUGUGUAUACUUCAGUUGUAAUUAUGGCGCUGUGUUUGUGAACGACGAUUACCGAAGUGAGGAAUGUCAGGACGCACGUGUGAUCUGGUGUAUUAGGCACCGCGCGCAACCCCCCCCCCCAACCGCACGGAGCGUGACACUGGAAGAGCGAUGCGGCCGUGCGAGCAAGAGUUCUCGAGCGACGCACGGCUUUUUACACAAUAAAUAUUUAUUGACUUGGCGUCCAUCAUUGCGCGUA